AUGGCUUAUCCCAGGUAUGAAGACCGUUCUCGUCCUCGCUGCCCUUGUGGCGGUGCUUUACGCCAAGUCAUUCACCAUGGAGACCCGCAACGCGGGAUCGCUCCGCGCCCGCUUAUGCGGGAAGUAGAUCGGCGAGCUCUGCCAACUGUCACGCGCGUUUUGACGCAGGUAUAUCAGCAAAUGUUCAGGGCCAACAUCUACCAGAAGUUCUUGGAGGAACAGCACUUGGCUCGCGCCCAGAUCCUUGCCUCUGGCUCGCAGCCCUUCAUCGAUUACGCUGACGACUUCUACCUCGGAAACGUCACUGUUGGAACUCCUCCCCAGACCACAACUCUGGUGCUCGACACCGGAUCAUCAAACCUCUGGGUAAUUGAUGCUGCCUGCAAGACUGCCGCUUGCAACGGACAGCCCAGCAGCGGAUACACCAAGCACAAGUUCGACACCACCAAAUCGUCCACCUUCACCAAGGAGACUCGCACCUUCUCCAUCCAGUACGGCUCAGGAUCCUGCAACGGAUACCUCGGAAUCGACGUCGUCGCCUUCGCAGGUCUGUCGAUCCCCAAGCAGGAGUUCGGUGUUGCCACUACCCUAGCUGAUGUGUUCGGUUACCAGCCAGUCGAUGGUAUCCUCGGACUCGGAUGGCCAGCACUUGCCGUCGACAAGGUCGUCCCACCCAUGCAGAACCUGCUCAGCAGCCUUGACCAGCCUUUGUUCACCGUCUGGUUGGACAGAAAACUGACCAUCAGCCAAGGAGGAAACGCCGGUCUCAUCACCUACGGAGCUAUCGACAAGGUCAACUGCCAAUCCCAGAUAUCAACUACGUGCCAUCCAGCUGACGACCUUACUGGCAAUUCCCCAUUGACUCUUUCACCAUUGGAAGCUUCUCUGAUACCAAGAAACAGCAGGUUAUCUCUGACACCGGUACAUCCCUGGAUCGGAGCCCCGCACGCACGGUUGUUCAGCAAGCCCGGCGGUGUUGUCAAGCAGACUGGUGCCAAGUAUGACUUCUUGAACGAGCUCUACACCGUCGACUGCAGCACCCAGAAGACCCAGCCAGAUCUCGUCUUCACCAUCAAUGGAGUCAAAUACAACUGCGCUUUAACCUUCUUCGGCAUGGACUCUGGCGGUUUCGGCCCAUCCUGGAUUCUUGGUGACACCUGGAUCCGAACCUAUUGCAACAUCUACGAUAUCGGCCAGAAGCGAAUCGGUUUCGCUAAGGCCAACCACUCCGGAAUUUAA